GCUUAUCUGUCUUUCCAUUCUGAGGCCCUGGGAUCUGGGUCUCGUCGUUAGGACUCCUCGGCAAGCAGAUGACGUGCGGACUAAAUCUGUAAAGCUGUUGCGGAAGAUCGUUCAAUUGUCGGGCAAGUUUGGAGAAUCUGUCACGACGAGUUUGCAAGACCUUGUCCGGAGGCAGCCUGACAAGUAUGAUUUGGGGAAGAUCAAUUUGAUGGGCACAGCAGAAAGCCACGGCGGCCCUGCAGCUGGAGCUUUGGAGGCUCUGGUACUUGUCAAAGGGUACUAUGAUCUCCAUGUUUCCGGAAUCCUGAAGGCCCUGUAUAGGGGGGGGACAGACGGGAAGGACCGAGGGCGGCAACUUGGUGAGCAGCUUGCUUUGUCACUUUUUCAGAUUCGGAAAGAGCUCGCACCGACUUUAACACCGUUAGCAAUGGAGAUGCUCUCCCUGUCGAUGGCCCUGGGUCUGUCAGCACGGCGAAUCUUAGAGCUUGUUUUUGACGUGGCAACCGUUGAGGGUCGUGAAGGGCCAAUAAUCCAAGGGGCAGCUGAUGAUUCAUCCUUGGAAAAGAGAGCGAGUGCUGGAAGCUUUUUUUUUGUAAAUUUUCGCGAAAAGAUAGUUGAGGUUUGCAGGUUCGACUAUGGAUUAUGUCUAGACAUGGUGCUCUCCAAGGCCAGAGAUGGUAAUCAGACAGCCAGAUUACUGUUGGAAGCGAUCAUUGACGACUACAUCAGGCGUGGGAAAGAUCAAAUCACCAGAGCAGGUUUCUUAUCCGCAUGCUCUGAGCAACUGUGGUUGAUCGUAGCGUGGUCCAGACCCGCCGCAUCAAUUGGCGAUAAACGACUGUUCUUGUCGAUUCUGCAAAAGUUAUUCCUUCUCGAGGAUCUAAUGGCCAAGCCUGUGGUACUGUACAAGGAUGGCCCCUCUUACAAUUCAGUAGUCGAAGGAUUUCUACGGUUCUUUGUGGAUCAGACUGAGCCAAGAGAGACGCAGGAAUCAGUGCAAACCAGAACUCUUUUGGUUCAGGAUGCUCUGAAACUUGUUCCCUUCUUUCUCAGAACAGGCAUAGACGAGCAGCUGAGGUCGAGAGUCGUCCACCAAGUGAGCCGUCUGGUGACGAACAGGCUCCUGGUGCGAGAAGAGCACCUGAUUGUCGGCUCUAGCGAGCGGCAGAUGUACAAAGGGCUUCUGCAGGCUGUGUUGGAUGCCUUUGUCAAGGUGCGAUAUGCUGGCGUCCUGGAGGUCCUGUUCCCUCUUCUUCAGAACCCAAAUUCAAUUAACUUCCAGCCCGUGGAGGACGCCCUUUUCGUGUUCGCUGAGGGUUUAGGGGUGAACUCAGAGCCUGACGGAGCAAACGCGAUUCUCGACAGGUGCCUGGAGAUCUUCAACGACACUAGCAAGCCGUCACGCCUCAGACAGGCAGUAAUUCAUCGACUGGUUGUGAAAGUUCUCGGGGUGAUGAAGGAAGAUGCUCUUGUGGAGUGGUAUUUAGAACGAAUGAAUGGAUUCGUCCAGGAGCUUCAGCAAUUAAGGAGCCAACCAAAUUUGCCGGAUGAGGAGACAGAAGAAGAGUGGGUUGUGACUCGCGUCUCCCUCUACAGGUUGUUGCAGUUCCUGUUUGAUUCGCUGCCAUUAGAUGUGAUUGAGAAGAAUAUCCUACCUGUCGUUCCCGCGGCCCAGGUCAUGCGUCCGGCUAUUGAAGAUUCGCAAGCUAAGAAAGACCCCGUACUUGCUGGGGGGAUGGGGGUCAGAUCGGAACAAUCGGCAGACAGGAUGCGAAAGCUUCAUGCAGCAGGCUACAAUUGCCUCGCUGCUGUGCUCAUGAAAACUGCAAAGCAAGAGAGACCGUUUGUUGCGCUGUUCAAAGAGAGCGGCGCGGGCUUCAAAUGGCAGAAUCUCAUAGACAAAGAGAAAAUGCUGAGCGUUCUCCCUGUUGAGACAGACAGUUUGUCCCGACAGAAGAAUGCCGUACGAUCAACAAAGGCAAAGUGGAGAGCACAGAGAGAGAGUCGACCGCUCGGAUCUUCUGGCGUGAUUUUGGCAACGAUGUCCUCUCAGUACCUCGUAAGUGCAACCUUAAGCCAAGAUGCUUUUGUCACUGGUGCUGGCACACCUGUAGGAGGGAAAGAAGGAGAUAAUGCUUCAUCAGACGCGAACGGAAAACUUGGAGAGGGACAGAAGGAGGGCGAAGAAGUCAUAGAGAGCACAGUGCUCGAUGAUGACAUGUUCGAUCAGAAUCCAGCCAUGGGGACGGUUCUUCGUGUGAUUGAGAGCUUGUAUAACAAGUUCAGAGAGCACUGGACAGAGAACAUGCCGGACUGGAUGAGUUCGAUUCAUGCCAUAAUGGACAACCCAGUGACUCCGCUGAACGUGAAGUUGUUCUUCGUCAAAGUGAUCGUGCGUGCAAGGAAGGUGUUUGCAGAAUAUGCGAAGAAAUGGUUUCAACCUCUGGUUCAGACUGUAGUUAGUGACCCCGGGAAAACAGGAGGUUUCUGCUUUCACUAUCUGUUGCGGGAUGUCUGUAUCACCUUGUUGGAAUGGGGGCUACCGCAUCCAGUGGACGAACGACUGGGAUCUCGGUUCGUGAAUCAUCUAAUGGCUGUGAUUCCGCACAGGAACGCACAGGUCACUCGCGCCAAUCUUGAGAUUGUGAGAAUGUUUCUAGAGCGGUGGAACACACAUUUGGCCGUCAAUAAGGAGAUAAUAUUCAAUAGCCUGGGGUCUACUGAGGGAUUGAGUGGAGGAAAAGGAGCAGGCAGAGGUGGAGAGAGCACUAGCAUGGCAAGGGUCCAACGAGCGGUAGCCAUCCAGCUGAUUGGAGCCAUGGCCAUCUACGGUAUGCCAGUCUUCGACCCUGCUACAGAUAGAUUUGUGUCGGAAGGAGGUUUCUAUUCGAGGUUGCUGAGCAAUUUAGAGUUCAACGCUAAAGCGAUCUAUGAAGCGGCUGGGGAGGUGAUCGGUCUGAUAUUGUGUGAGAGGGGACAAAAAGGCGAUUCAAUUUCGCAGACGGCGUUGGAGACACCUCUACGGGUCAAGCUCGUGAAGUUUUGUCGUGAAUGUGAUGACCGUUUUUUGUAUAUUCUGAAUAAGAUUACGCUGAGACACCCAUCUUACGGUCGGGAUUACGUCUCAUUUGUCGUUGACAGGCUGGGGGGUCAGCAAGGUACCUUUAGGGAAAUAUCGCUGGAUGUGCUCUUGCGCACCUGUGAAGCUCUUCCGGAGAUGAACGUACAGGAUCUGUUCGAUUCUAUGUUACCUAUGCUCCCAGGUCUUAUAUCGCACCGAGACGAACAGGCACAGGCAAGGACCUUAAAGCUCCUCCUCAAAAUGCUAACCAAAGGAAGGGAUGGGGACGUCGAAGGAGAACCCCAAACCGAUGUGCAGGUCCCGCGGACAUUGGAUGUGCAAAGGCUGACUAAGUUCUUGCUGCAGGGAUUGUGCAACACAUUUACUCGCCAUGCAAGUGUGACUUGCCGUGAACUGUUCUUCGACAUUCUCAUAGUGCUUUACAACAAGGAUGAGCAUCUCAGAGAGAAUCGUCUGGUUUUCACGAGUCUUCUUCGGGGGUUGUUCGAUGAUUCCGACCAAGUUCGAUCGAAGCUCCAAGGGUUUUGGCACACCGAACUCACAAAGAACAUAGAACAUCGCUUGGUGCAGGCUAUGGAUCGUAUGUACGACCCGGAGGUGGAAUCUUCCUGGGCACUGUUUACCAAUGUCCUCCUUUUGAAGCUUUGCGAAGAUUCUGUUGACUACCAGCGUCCAAUAUUUGACCAACCAUUGUCCGACUGCGAAUUCCGGGCGUAUCCGAUCAACACGUCGUUCAUGGCAUCAAGCUUGGGUAUGACUCCCAUGUUUCUAACAGCCAGUCAAUCGCAAAGUGCAUUGCCAGCAUCGUCAUCGUUAACUGGGCAAGAAACAGUACCGGAUCAAGACUCGGCCCAUGGAGUCGUACACGGAGGCGCAGGCAUGAUGGUGCGAGCCACACAGACACCCUCGCUUAGCAUCGAUCCCUCUCAGUUCAGUCUGGGAACAUCUUCGAUGACGUACGGGUUGACUCCUACACUGGCAGAUCUGUCGGGAAGCAGCUUGAUUGCUUCCCAAAGGCUGCGAAGAGGUGUGCGCAGCGACAGUGAUGACGGCCUCGGCACGUUGACAAUCAAAGAUGAAGCUGAACCAGUGAAGAGGAGAAUAGAAAGGGGGAGGCAUAUGAAACCGGCUCAGCUGCGAGCUAUUGUGAGCGCGCAGAAGAGGAAGGAAAUGAGAAGAGUACGGCAGGCUGCAGACCGGGCAAACAAAGUGCAAAUGAUGCGGCACUAUAGAAUUGCUCUAGCAGGGCAGUUCUGGAGGAGGGGGCGGGUAUCCCAACUGGAGAAGGACUUAUGGGAAUCGGAGAGGUACACGUGUCUCAUGGAACUAAACCAGUGGCGUCCGAUUGCUGAGGAGGUACGGGGUGAACUGCAACAUGAAGAAUUUGACGACUUUGUGCUUCUCCAGAGCGUGUGGUCCUGCGAGGGCAGAGAGCAACUGCUCCCACUGCUAAUGAAGAGUUGUCUGAAGAGUGCGAUUGACCGAUCAGCGCUUCUGGCGUUCAUCCAAACAAGCCUUGAAGACCCAGUCAAGCGGGCUGCUCUUAUUGACGAGUUUUCGCCAGAGAUGGCCUUUCUUGCGGCGUUGAAUGACCAGCCAGAUCGUGCUCAAUUCUACAUCCUGGAGACGUAUCGCAAGUUUCGGGAGAAGUGGGGACUUCUCCACCCUCUUGCCACAGGGGUCAGGCAUCGCCAGGUGCAGGUGCUGCAGAAGAUUACAGAGGUCGGCGAGUACUUGAGUGCAAGCGCUGUGGGAAAUGUGAAGGCACAAGAGGCAGCAGGUGUUGCCGCUGUGCGUAGCGCUCGUGGCGGACGUGUCAUUGGCACUUUGCCCAGAUUGCUUUCGGACUGGCAGAUGAGGUGUCCGUCGUCAAUCCAUGAUGGAGCCCUUGUGUGGGGCGAUAUUGUGCAGCAGCGGAGCGACUUCUUGGACAAGAUAAAAAGGGAAAUCAGCAGCCGCAGUGAUCAUCAGACUGUUGAUGAGAAGAUUUUAAGUGACGUCAACCCUGUAGACCCUCUACAUCGUGCCAUCUCCAGGCAUCGACCGGAGCUGUACAAAGCCGUGGCUAGGGGGCUGAGGAAGCAUGGCCAGUAUGAUGUUGCUGAGCUGUAUCUUUUGGAGUACUUGGGACAGAAGCCAGAGACUGCCGCAGACACAGCAAUGUUAGAUUUCGGUUUCAUAAAGUCUUUAGUAAAAUUGCGACUUCGUAAUGCCCGACGGGUGCAUCAAUUUCGUCCUGAAGAUGCUAUCAAGUUGCUGGAAGAGCCCAUGGACUGGAUCAGCAAGCAUACUGACUUGCCAGGGCUACGAGAAAGACGUGACCAUAUGCACAUCUCUCAGAGUCUGCGCAUGCUCGAAGGCGAUGUGCAUUCUGAACUGGCGAGGUUGGCUAUGGAGCAACGCACACCCAUUGACUUGCAGGCUGUCGGCGAAAGCGAGACACCGACAAACGAGAGAGUGUUAGCUCUUCUGGGAAGUGCUUUUGAGCUUUACUCAGGGGUCAUGAGGGAGUGCUGGCCUGAGAUGUUGGCUGUGAGACGACAGGUUUAUGCGAGCAGCGCGGUAGAGGCAAGGCACUACACCAAGUCGUCGUUGAAAUACGCAUCGUUCUGCAAUGAGCUGCUGAAACUGAGUGUCGAAGGCUGCGUCGCACUGCCGAGACUGGCGGAAAGCUUGAGUGAGGGGGACUCUGCGGCAAGGCUUCCAGGCCCCGCAGUGGAUGUAUACCCCCAGUUGAUUGUGAGGCAUGUUAUGAGAGCAUUGGCCAUGGGCGGCACUUCCACGGCUCAGCAUAUCAUCCCUCGUGUUAAUGCCUUGUUGGGUUCGUAUAAGGUUGCUCGGUCGGCGUUUGAGAAAGCAUGGGAUAAUGGAAAAAGCAGCAUUCCCAGUUGGGUGUUCUUGCCAUGGAUACCGCAAAUGUUGUCGGUGAUCGAUCAGCACGAGGGGGUUCUGUAUGUACCCAUUCUGCUUGUUAUCGCCAAGGAGUACCCUCAGGCACUUUACUUCCCGUUCCGGGUGAGCGCGGAGGAUUUCAGCCCUGUCGCCCGGCAGCGUACAGCUGGCAUUGCACAACAAUUGCGUAGUCCCACGAUGGACCGAUUUGCUCGCGCCCUUGAGGACCUGACGUCCCCAGAGCAGCGCAUCAAGGAUGGGAUAGAGUCGAUUCAAACUUAUCUGGAGAGAGGCGAUAAUCGAGGAGCUCUGGCGGCAUUUAAAAGGAUGGAUGACGAUUGUCUGGAUGAGGAAGCAUUACAUCGCCGGGGAGCAGGGGAUUACAACACAACUUUCGCUCGGAACUGGAGAUCGGAGUUUGUGGACGCACUCGGGGAGGGAGGAAGUAAGCUGAAGACAAUGAGUGUUGCCGACUUUGUGGGGGCAACAGCGAAAAUCAUGCGAGCCAGACAAGCUGCGGAAGGUAAGCAGCCGAAAGGGAGAACGGAUCUCUCCAAGUUCUCAAAAUGGCUGGCAGACUACGGUCAAUCGAGGAGUACGACCCCGGUCACCAGGUCGACAGGACAACAGAGCUCAGAUAAGGUAUCCUUUCCCGGUGGGUCGGAUGCAAUAGUGGGCGGCGACGGAGGCGCAGAUGAAGAUAAGGACAUGGACUUCCUGGACAUUGGAGUGGGAAUAGAGAUUCCUGGGCAAUACCGAUCAGUCGGCAGGCCGGACCCUGCGAACCAUGUUCGUGUCACAAGCUUUGAUCAGACAAUCGUCACUGUGUCCUCAAAGCAGAGGCCAAAGAUACUAACAAUCCGCGGCAGCGAUGAGAAGGAGUACCGGUUUAUCGUGAAAGGUGGUGAAGAUCUGCGGCUGGAUCAGCGGAUUGAGCAAUUGUUUGAGGUGAUGAACACUGCGCUUGGAGCGGAUGGGCAGUGCAGACAGAGGGGCCUCAAGAUAAAGACCUUCUCUGUGGUUCCUGUGACGAAGCGAUGCGGUCUUCUGCAGUUUGUCGAAUCGACUUGCACGCUUCAAGAACUAGUUGAGAGAGGUCUUGAUACCGCCCUGGCGAAGUCGAGCAUCGGAAGAGGGUCCAGCAGAAGGCCACAAGUAAAUAGCAGCCAUAGUUUGAUGACAGGGGUAAGGGAGGAGUUCAUGCAAUGGAUUUGUAGGGCUGCUAGGGAAAAACCGCCGAUGCGAGCGGGGCUUUACUAUCCUAUGUACAUGAGGACCGAUAGGGCUGAAGUCGAAAGGAAAAUGCAGUCCUUUCAGGGGAAGCUUCCGUGGAACGCUCUCCGUUCCGGCUUGUAUCAGCAUGCGCAAGGGCCAGAGUCGUUCCUUGCGCUCCGAGCAAAGUUCGCACGCAGUCUCGCUGUCUCUUCCAUUGCUGGGUAUAUCGCUGGCGUCGGUGAUCGGCAUUUGCAGAACUUCCUUGUGGAUUUAAGCGACGGUAGUCUUGUGCCAAUCGACUUCGGCUACAGUUUUGGCACUGGCGUGAUGAUGUUACCUGUCCCAGAACUUGUCCCGUUCCGUCUGACGCGCCAAAUGCAGGACGUCCUUGCACCGUUGGAUGCUCUACGGCUUUUGCGUGUCGACAUGACGAGGGUUCUGAACGCGCUGCGGGAGCACAAAGAAGCGCUCACAGCCGUCAUGGACGUAUUUGUGAAGGAGCCUAUUCUGGAGUGGAAAAUCGAAGCUUCGAGGAAACGCCUCAUGUCAAGGACCAUGAGGGGGGCGGCAAUUCAACGGGGGCAUGCGCGGAACGAAGCGCAGCCAGGUGCAGGUGGACCCAACCAGCGGGAUCCUGAUGCAGAGAGCAGCAGAGACCACUCCGACCCGCAAGAGGGAAGCAACGACUGGUUGGUAGACGACGAGGACAAGAGACACAUCGAAAUUAAGGUGGAAUCAGCGCAUCGCAAGCUGAGUUUGUGGAAUCCGGUGGAUGUGAUGCUAGAGGAAUUACACGCAUCAGUUCAUGCCAACAAGCCAUAUUUCGACCACCUCGAGAAGAUCAUUAGAGGAGAUCCACGGCACAAUAAGCGAGCACAGAUUCAAAGCAAAGUGUGCGCAAACGCGCAGGAGCAAGUAGACUGCCUGAUUGACCAGGCUGUUGACCUGAACCUUCUCGGAAGAAUCUGGGUCGGAUGGACUCCAUGGAUAUAGGUGGUUUCAGAAGUGAUCCAGUGGAACUGGAGGGAGAAAGGCAAGGGGACUACGGAUGGGCCAACGUUUUUUUUUUUUUUUUUUUUAACCCGAGUUGGUGCACGAGUAAACUGCUGAAAAUAAUAAAUAUACAGACCUGUGAACGAGUCCACAUGGAACUAGAUGAAUGAAAUUCUUUUCGAGUU